AUGGCGGGAGGCAGCAGCAGAGCUCUCUUCUUCUUCACAGUCUUUGCUGUGACUCUUUAUGGGACCAAAGCGGAGAUCAAAUUCACAAUUCAGGUGGGAAGGUUCUUCAGCUAUGAGUUGCUGAGAGAAACUUUCCAGAGUGACUUUGAGCCACUGUCCAAACUUUAUGCUGGCCGUUUGUACGAUGAUCCCAUGGUGUUCAAGUGCAACAAGCAGAACUUCCCAGACCUUCCCGAGUGGCUCCGCUUCACUCAGAGACAUUCAUACGAUAAUGGAUUCUUGUACGGAACGCCAACCUCUCCUGGGAAGAGCAUCAUUGAGAUUUAUGCGGUGAACAAACGCAGCUAUGAAACAACUAGACAGAUUCUGGUGAUCAAGGCUGUCGCAGAGAAGGUUCUUCCAUACCAGGCCGAAUUCUUCAUCAAACUGCGAGAGAUUGAGAAAGUGCUGCCCUCUAGUGUCCAGGAUGAGAUCAAGCAAGAUCUCCAGAACCUGUGGGCAACGGAUCAAUUGGAAAUCGUCAACGUCACCAACGCCCUGGACCGAGGCGGCAGAGUUCCGCUCCCGCUGGCGGGACACUUCGAGGGGGUCUACGUCAAGGUGGCCUCAGAGGACUACUUCUCCAACUGUCUGCAGAAGGUCCUGACGGCAGAGCACCAGAGGGCGUGCUCCUCGGGGGCUAAGGUCAAAGUGCCCAGUGGAUGUAACUUCUGCAGCUUUGCCAGUAACUGCAUCAGCUGGUGCAGCACUGAGCUGUUCGACCUGACCAAACAGGAGCCAUCUUCACCUCCUCCUACUGUUGGUUCUGGGAUUCUGGACGCAGGAGAAGUUUUUCAGCCUCCGGAGUCUCCAGAGAGUCGAGAUUAUUUCCCCGACUACAUAGUGACGGUGAUCGUGCCGCUCAUUCUGGCUCUGGUUCUGUGCCUGCUGCUGACCUACAUCAUGUGUGGGCGACGAGAAGGAGUAACCAAGAGAAAUGCCCGCACCAACCAGAUACAGUUGUAUCACCACCACACCAUUCAUGGAAACACGGAUGAACUUCGAAACAUGGCCAAUCACCGCUCCGAUUUCCCACCGCCACUGUCCACCCAGCCCAUGUUCAACUUCCGGACCGGAGAGAGAACUGCGCCGCUGAGGUCCGACAGCCCCCACGUGCCGCUCAUCAUGGCCCAGCACGAGCCCUACAGCGACACGCUGCCAGCCUGAAGUGACAACGGUGUCCAGGGAUUUGCUUUGAAGGAGAUCUUUUAGUGUAAAAAUGUGAUGAGAUCGAUUGCAGAUGAUACUUUAAUGUGACUUCUCUCAAUGUUAUUGUCAUAGGAGUAAUAUUCUGGUAAUAUUACAUUCACCGCUAAUGGUUUGUUUUGAAUGAUUAAUCACGCAGUAUGAUUUUUGUCAACAUUUGCAAUUGAACAUGCUGAGCUGCCUUUGUUGACAGGCUUGAUCUGGACUGUCUAAGCAGUUUAUGAUACAAAAACAAAGCAGUCUCAUGUUUAUUCCGAUGGAAAUGUCAACAAUCCUCCACUUGCUAUUUUCAACUUUACCUUCACGAUAAACUUUUGUAUAACUAUGCAAAAUAUUAGAUGUUAAAACUUUUGAAUAUGAAAACUUAAAUGUUGCUACGAUUACCUACAUAUACAAUCAACUUAUUUAGCAUGCAGUGAUUUUAGCUGUUGUGUAUGUGUUUGAAAUAUUUUGCUAAAUAUAUGAAACAACCUGUUGGCUUUGUAUUGUUGCUGCCUUCCCCGCCCCAUUUCCGCUGCUACUAUUUCUGCCACUGCUGCCCAAAGUUUGUGGCACGACAACUGAACGUAAAUAUUCUGCACUUGCGUUACAUGUCCAUGGGAGGUCGUCAGUGAACCAUCCUAACUCAACACCAACAUUCUGGGGGACAUUUUUAAC